CUAUCCCUCCUUCCCUCACUUCAUGUCAUAUGUCCUUUGGGGCGCGACUGUGCAUGGAUCUCAGUGCCGGAAAAUAUGCAGUGCGUGACUGGUGUGUGGAGUUUGGGGCUGCUGCUGUGUCUGAGUUUUGGAGGAGCAUUGUGCCAGACAAACAAUUACACCAGGCCUGUGUUUAACUGUGGGGGUGUUCUGGUUGGAGACUCUGGCUUUGUGGGUAGUGAAGGAUUUCCAUCGUUCUACAAACCAAACAGCAAAUGUACCUGGUACAUCACAGUUCCAGAGGGUAAUGUGGUCAUGCUCACCUUCAGGAUUUUUGACCUGGAGGCUGAUCCCCUCUGCCGCUACGACUAUCUGGAUGUGUAUAACGGGCACUCUAACAUGGUGCAGAAGCUUGGGCGGUUCUGCGGAACAUUUCGGCCCGGGGCUCUCAUUUCCACGUCCAACACCAUAAUGAUAGAAAUGGUAUCAGAUUCAGGAACAGGAGGAAGAGGGUUCCUGGCCUACUUCAAUGGAGAAAAGCCACAUGUGGAUGAGCACCAGUUCUGUGGGGGAAAGCUCACAAAGUCUCAGGGCACAAUCAAAACUCCCAACUGGCCUGAGAAAAAUUACCCGCCUGGCAUAAGUUGUUCUUGGUUUAUCACAGUGGAGCCAGAAAUGGUGAUUGAGGUGAAGUUUGAUAAGUUUGAUUUGGAGUCUGACACCUACUGUCGCUUCGACUAUGUAGCAUUAUUUAAUGGAGGAGAGAAAGACGACUCACGGCACAUCGGAAAAUACUGCGGAGACACUGCUCCCCAAAACAUUGUUACCAAUAGUAAUGUGCUAUUGGUGCAGUUUGUGUCUGACCUUAGUGUUACUUCAGACGGAUUUAUGGCCACAUACAAUAGUGUUCCGCGUGGCCAGCGCAAUCCAACUGUAGGAGGCGAUGUCACGUCAGGAACUAGAAUGCCAUCUGCACCCAAAAAGCCCCAUUUCACCCUAGUUAAACCAAUGAGACCUGUUGCCUUGACAACAGAAGCACCAACUACAACCACAACUACAACCACAACUACAACCACAACUAAAGAUGUACCUGAGCAGCCAAAGCCACGACCCAAACCUGUAAAACCCAGUAAACCUGUGAGACCUCCAGUCCGUAAACCAGCACCCAAUGGGCCCAAACCAGCUACAGAAGUAAACCCACUGUGUGCGAAGGCAUGUAAAAGAGAUGGAACCAUCAAGACCAGCUUCUGUGCUAGUGAGUUUGUGAUCACUGGUAUGCUGACAUCAUUGACCCCUGGACCUAAAGGAAGCCUGCAAGCUACAGUGUCCUUAAUUAAAGCAUACAAGACUGGUAGCCUUACAAUCACCCAAGCUGGAGAAACCAUGUCUGUCAAACUUGUGAUACCCUGCAAAAAUUGCCCAUUGCUGCGCAGAGGUCAAAACUACAUCCUGAUGGGUCAGGUGGAUGAGGAAGGACGUGGCACUCUCAAUCCUGGUAGUUUUACGGCCUUGUACAAAGCCCCACAUCACAAGAUGCUGACCUUCAUCAACAACAAGCCAUGCUGAUCACUCAGAUCUGUGUUAGCACCGGCAAGAGCCAAGCAACUAAUGGCCACUAGAUGAAAGCUAUUCCCAAAAACUGUGGCCAAAAGUGUCAAACCAGCCUGGGUAUUACAGUAAGCGAUGUGUUUUUUGGCAUUGUAAAAUAAUGCUCAGGAAUUUACAUUCUCACGCUAUAUUUUGGGCUGCUUUGAUUCAACUAUGGAGCAUUUUAUACUUAUCAGUGCAGAACUGAAUUUUAUAAAGUUAUAAAGUGACUGUUUCAUAUAAGCCAAUUUUUCCACAUAGAUGUCAGAAAAUAUAUUUGUAAUUUAUGAUGAUGUCUUCUAAUACAGGAUUUAUAUAACACAACAUAUGCAUUGCACUUUAGACUUUGUUGUUUAAUUGGGAUGGGUUUUCUUCCUUUUGCUGAAAGUUUGGCCCAGAAUACUGUACUCCAAUGACACUGAUUUUAAACAUGAAAGCAUACUAAACUGGUGAUGUGUUAAAAAUAAAACUUCUCUCACUUAACUAUAA